GACCAAUCCAUGAAUCAGUCUCCGCACUGGCUUGCACCGCCUAGUGGUUUCGUGCUGACGCCUUACAAAUGUAAUGUGCUAUAGUUAAUGUCGGUCUUCAAAUUGUCUGAGCCCGGUGGCGCUAGCGGUAUCGGUAUCAUCUUUUUACACCGAAAUGAAUCUCUGACUUAUUUCCUUCAACAGUCAUUUCUUCUCAAUUUUGAACUUGAAAGGUCAUAUGUGAUGAACUUGCAAUGGCUCAAGAUGAGCUCUUCCGCGUCGAGACCAACAUCCUGCCGAAAGGCAAGUUGGUCGUCGUCUUCGCUGGCUUAGCUUUCUCGCUACUCAUCAGUUUCAUUGACCAGAAUAGCAUUGGUAUCGCAUUGCCAACAAUCGGAGCCGAUCUAAACUGUGCCAAGACGAUUGCUUGGGCAGGUACUUCCAGUCUGAUAGCAAACACCGUGUUUCAGGUUCUUUAUGGCCGGUUCUCUGAUAUUUUUGGCCGCAAGGUCGUCUUCUUGGGAAGUGUCGGGCUUCUAGCCUUUGGCGAUCUGCUUUGCAGUUUUGCGAAGACGGGGCCGCAGUUGUAUGCCUUUAGAGGAAUAGCAGGUAUUGGAAGCGGUGGGAUCGGGGCUUUGGCUAUGAUCAUUGUCUCUGAUCUCGUGACCCUUGAAGACCGUGGAAAAUAUCAAGGCAUCCUAGGAAGCUGUAUAGGCCUUGGAAACACUAUAGGACCUUUCCUUGCCGGUGCAUUCGUUGAGAAAUCAACAUGGCGUGGCCUAUUCUGGUGCAUCUGCCCAUUGGCUAUCCUCUCAGGGAUAAUGGUCGCCUUCAUCCUGCCCAAAAGCGUAGUCACCGGAGACCGAAAAAAUAAAGUCCGCGCUAUCGACUUCUAUGGCAUCAUCUUCAGCACCAGCGCCAUCCUCCUCCUUCUCAUCCCAGUUUCCGGCGGCGGAACGUACUUCCUCUGGGCCUCACCCAUGGUGAUCUCCAUGCUCUCUCUCGGCGGUGUCUGCAUGGUGAUCUUCAUCCUUGUCGAGUGGAAAAUCGCCCUCAUGCCCAUGAUCCAGCUACGUCUCUUCCGCGAGCCUGCCCUCUUCGCUAUUCUCAUCCAGAAUUUUUUGUUCGGCAUCGUCUACUACUCUCACAUGUACUACCUUCCAAUCUACUACCAGAACGCGCGCCAGUACUCGCCACUCACGGCUGCUGCUCUUACUAUUCCCUUCGUUGCUUCGCAGUCUAUCUUCUCCAUCCUAAGCGGGCAAUAUGUCUCGCGCUGUAAACGAUACGGCGAAGUCAUCUGGACGGGCUACACGCUCUGGUUCGUCGCUUCAGGCCUCAUUCUCCUAUUCAACCGCACAAUGCCGAAGUGGCAGAUCGUCAUCAUCCUAGUAGUUGAAGGAGCAGGUGUAGGAAACGUCUUCCAGCCCACCCUCGUCGCCGCCCAGGCUCACAGCCGCAAACACGACCGCGCCGUUGUCAUCUCUCUCCGCAACUUCCUCCGCUCGCUCGGUGGCGCCAUUGGCCUUGCUCUCUCAGCUUCCGUCUUCUCAAACUCGCUGACUAAGAAAAUCUCGGCGUCCACUACGAUCCCAAUGAGCUUCCGAGACUCGAUUCUGGAAUCUACGUUGAGUGUUCCAAACAUGAGCUCGCUAACGGAGACGCAGAGGGAUGAGGUCCUGGACGCCUAUCUCGCGGGUUCAAGGAGCGUGUUUAUUAUGUGGGUGCCGCUAAUGGGGGCGUGCUUUCUGCUCUGCUUUUUGAUCAAGGAUAGAGGACUUACGAGGCCGGAGGAAAAAGAGGCCAGUGCGGAAAGCGGUCUUGUGACCCCCCGAGUAGAAGAUAAUAUUGAGUUGAAAGAAGCCAAUAAAGCGGCAGGGAAAGAACAUGACGACCUACUUGCGGGGGCGAAGGUGUAGUAAACACCCAAGCCUAAUUGCCAAAUUAUAGGGGAAGCCAGGCCAUAUCGACGCCGCAACAGCAGAUAAUUUGCUACGGACGUCUAGCACCCUAUGAUCCAGCGGAGGUGGACAGUCUCACCAGCGACUGCGAUUCCUCAACCAUUUUUUUUGCAAAUGGUAUCGAAUCGGCUCGCAUACCCUGCGUGCGCUGUAGUCGGGGUGAUUACUCCGAAAUUUGUGUCUAAUUGGCAUCAAAGAUUGCUGGAGAUAGUUUACCCCACUCGAUCAAACGCCGCGAAAUACCGAGUGCGGGUUACCCCGCACUGUAAGGUGAUACGGCAUAAGGAAACAACGUUGGAGGUGGCCAGUUAUAAUGUUCACUGGAUACUGAACAUCUUCAAGGAUAUUUCAUUCUAAUGCUGAAUAUAGCUUAUUGGCAGCGGGGGAUUAUAGUUACCUUCCACUCUUUAUCAGUGGGGAGCAUUUGGCCUUCAAUAUAGACCCCUCUAGUCCUCUUGCUAUAAACCUCAAUAUUUUCAUAUUUAACGGUAGAUAGAUAAACUAGAAAGGUUAUGCUUUGCAUUUACAAAAAUAUCCAGAUAUAUUUGCUAUCUUGUCAUGGUUUGGACGUUGGAAAUUCAAAUCAAAAUGCGGAGUGGAACGGAUAGGUUGUCAAACAUUACG